AUGGCAAGUUUGAACAUAACGAAAUUUUCACAGUACGUCCAUUAUUGGAAGCGCGAUAACCGGCCCGAGCUGAACGUCCUGUUCCCCAAUUAUUUCCCCUACAUCAAUGAGGAGUGUUUGCGCGGCAGCAGCAAUACCAUGGCGUAUCGCUGCGGGCUGCCCGGACUGAUGUACGAGGUAGGCUUAAGGAGGAUUGUGAGAGAAAAGCAAGCUAAUUUUAGAUCAUGAAGGUCAUAGCGAAAGGGAUUAAUUAUCAGUUGGUGAUCAAGUUGCAUGACAAUACGAAUGUCUCACACUCAAGACUGUGGCGAUUGCUGGAGCCGGGCGUGUACGACACAAUUGCGUAUCCACUUCAGCUUUCGGAAUCUCAUGCCCGAUUGACCGACAUCUCGGCGUCUUUGUAUCAGGUAGGCCCAUUUCUAACACUGUAAAAACUAUGAAGACGGAUGCAAACUCUAUCCCGUUUUGUUCUGACAAUUUCCUUCAUUUUUUCAAGAUUAGUACUAACACAGGGAAGGCUUCUACGUGAUGUUGUCCUUUUUUUGCUAUUCUGUCUACAGUGACGGACCUGCUCAAGUGGCAAAAAAUGUUCCAUUUUGCAUCCGGGAAGUAUAAAAAAUGUGGCAAAAUACCUUUCUCUCCAAGGUGAAAAAAACUCUGCUUUCAAAAGCACGCUUUUUUGCGAGGGAAAGGAGGUGCACGUCAAACUGAGAUAAGCUAAAACAGUUCGGUGAAUGGAUUGGCAAUUUGCCAAAAAAAGACGCGAAAAGACGUUUUGUCGGCGCAGAAAGGGGGAAUUUUUGGGGCGAGAGAGUACGUUUUUGCGUGUCUUUUCUCUGUAUUCUCUGUAAAAUAAAGACGAAGUGUGAAAAACCGACAGCGAAGAGUCUAUUCCGGUCCUCAGUUUGACGUGAGGCGCUCUUCAAAACGGGGUUUUUUCACUUGAAGAGGGAGGCAUUUGGCUGCAUUUUUGAUACUUCCCGGAUACAAAAUUGUACGUUUUUUUGCCAUUUAUUUUUUUUUGUUAUCUGGCUUCUUUCGGAAGAGGCUUCGUGGACGAAAUUGGUCUCAAAAAUCAAAAAAAAAAUGAUAAAACAUCAGAUCCGUCACAGUAUUAGUAAACCCCGAUUUCGUCAUUCCAGGUCGAAUCGUACAUCCUGAUCCGCUCCGAAGAGAAGAGGGACAGCUGGUGGAACUUGUUCAAGGUCUACGACAACGCCAGUUGGUGGAUGAUAGCCCUCAUUUCCAUCGUCCAAGCCAUCUUUAUCUGGUUCGUGCAACGGGUUGAACUGAAGGCGUUGAUGAGAGAAAAUGUCAAAGUUUCAGAGGUGCGUUUACCCUUUGGUAUUUAUUCAAAAAUCAGGGCGAUAGACACAAGAUUUAAAUGUUAUUGCGUACUGUUGUUUCGAGUAUAUCAUUGAGGCCAUUGACAUUCGAUACUGGAUUGGGUUGCAAACGAGGAAGAUAUGAGCAAUGCAGUUUACUAUACACGCUUUUCGAAAAGUGCAUAUAUCAGUCUGUCGGGAAAAUAAUGAGCACUCUGUCGAACCGAAACAUAUUUUUUCACAUAACUGAAUGAAAUUCCAAAACCGCAAGUUUUACCUUUUUUGGAGCCAAAUUGCGCCCGUACCAAGCCGAACACUUCUAUAUUACACUAGGCACUAAUAAAUAAUAAAGUGAAUUAGAGAUGUCGGAGUGAACUAACGUGAGCCAUGCCGUUCGAAACAUAACAGAAUGAAAUUUCAAAACCCCAAGUUUCACUUUUUUUGGAGCCGAACUGCGCCCGUACCAGGCCGAACACUUUGAUAUUACACUAGGCACUAAUAAAAAAUAAAGUGAAUUAGAGAUGUCGGAGUGAACUGACGAGACCUAUACCGUUCGAAACAUAACAGAAUGAAAUUUCAAAACCCCAAGUUUCACCUUUUUUGGAGCCAAAUUGCGCCCGUACCAGGCCGAAUACUUUGAUAUUACACUAGGCACUAAUAAAAAAUAAAGUGAAUUAGAGAUGUCGGAGUGAACUGACGUGACCUAUACCGGUCGAAACAUAACAGAAGGAAAUUUCAAAAUCCCAAGUUUCACCUUUUUUGGAGCCAAAUUGCGCCCGUAGGAGGCCGAACACUUUUAUAUUACACUAGUCAAUAAUAAAAAAUAAAGUGAAUUAGAGAUGUCGGAGUGAACUGACGGGACCUAUACCGUUCGAAACAUAACAGAAUGAUAUUUCAAAACCCUAAGUUUCACCUUUUUUGGAGCCAAAUUGCGCCCGUAACAGGCCAAACACUUUUAUAUUACACUAGGCACUAGUAAAAAAUAAAGUGAAUUAGAGAUGUCGGAGUGAACUGACGGGACCUAUACCGUUCGAAACAUAACAGAAUUAUAUUUCAAAACCCCAAGUUUCACCUUUUUUGGAGCCAAAUUGCGCCCGUAACAGGCCGAACACUCUGAUAUUACACCAGGCACUAAUAAAAAAUAAAGUGAAUUAGAGAUGUCGGAGUGAAUUGACCUGACCUACACUGUUCGAAACAUAACAGAAUGAAAUUUCAAAACCCCAAGUUUCACCUUCUUUGGAGCCAAAUUGCGCCCGUAACAGGCCAAACACUUUUAUAUUACACUAGGCACUAAUAAAAAAUAAAGUGAAUUAGAGAUGUCGGAGUGAACUGAGGAGACCUAUACCGUUCGAAACAUAACAGAAUGAAAUUUCAAAACCCCAAGUUUCACCUUCUUUGGAGCCAAAUUGCGCCCGUAACAGGCCGAACACUCUGAUAUUACACCAGGCACUAAUAAAAAAUAAAGUGAAUUAGAGAUGUCGGAGUGAAUUGACCUGACCUACACUGUUCGAAACAUAACAGAAGGAAAUUUCAAAAUCCCAAGUUUCACCUUUUUUGGAGCCAAAUUGCGCCCGUAACAGGCCAAACACUUUUAUAUUACACUAGGCACUAAUAAAAAAUAAAGUGAAUUAGAGAUGUCGGAGUGAACUGAGGAGACCUAUACCGUUCGAAACAUAACAGAAUGAAAUUUCAAAACCCCAAGUUUCACCUUUUUUGGAACCAAACUGCGCCCGUAACAGGCCGAACACUUUGAUAUUACACUAGGCACUAAUAAAAAAUAAAGUGAAUUAGAGAUGUCGGAGUGAACUGACGAGACCUAUGCCAUUGGAAAUGCCUACUUUACAGAAAAAAAUAUACACCUAUAAGACCUUACACUCUUCCCAAAGAUUACACAACUUAUUUUUCAGGCCAUCUGGCAGGUAGUUCGCAUGCAAUGUCUUCAAAAUCACGAGCUUGACUUUCACUUCAAAGCCGGCAAAUUCUCCCUUUGGCUAUUCGCAUUUCUCCAAUGUUCCAUUUUACUGGGAGUUUUUGCGUCCUGGUUUCUGUACUCGCUGAUUCGACCGCCCGAUUACGACUGGCUGCGGCACAAUCGAUACGUCUUUGACCAACUGGCACAAGGGGAACGACAGUUGAUCACGGAGGGGUCAACCAAGUGGUUUACGGAGCGCAAGGCCAAAGGGCAUACCUAUCCAUACCUGGACUUUAAAUUGGCCCUGGAAGGGAAGGAGAUCCUGGGGAAGAGUGCAAAAGGUGAGGCCGACAGCUUCUUUCUUUCAUUUAUUUGUAUUAUCAUGUCUUAAAUUACCUUGAUCCCCUCUUAUUGUCUUUUUCCUUGGCGUCCCGACCCUUGCAGACAAUACCUUUGCGGACCGCUGACAUUUUUCGAUUAGAAUACAAUUUUCCUCCGGCUGACGAUUUUGUGGGCGAAUGCGACGACGCGGGACGUUUUUUUCGCGACAAAUCCAAAUUAUUUUCUCGACAGACUGUGUGUUCUUGCAAAAGCUUCAACCUGCACCGCGCAAAAGAGAAGUCCACGCAAUUUAUGAGUAUACUACAAAUCCGUUGUCGGGAAAAUAAUGAGCAUGCCUUUCGCAUCGAUGAAGUGGUGAAAAGCAAUUUGAUUUUGCCGUGACACAAUUCAAUUUCUCGGCGGCGAUUUUUGAUGCGGCAGAGUACUCAUUAUUUUCCCGACAGACUGAUAAACAUUUUUAUAUCACUGUUCCAUAAACUUCAAAAAUUUUCAGAAGCGGUAGAGGAGGUUGCCCGGAACGGUGCAAUUAUGUACACUCGUGCCGACUGGCAGAGCUACUUCUUGGCCAGUCGACAUUGCAAUAUCAUCAAGACGCACGUGGUGUUCCCUCCGUUGGGAGCGCACCUAAUUUUGCCCAAAAACAGCUCAUUAACGCCCAAAGUGAACCAAGUGAUCAAAGCGAACAAGAUGAAGUUUGGCGCCAUUUACCGCCGCUACACGGAGAUGAUCAGCAAAGAGGCGGUCAUGACAUCCAUUUGCGGCGAGUUCAAGCCGGGAGAUCCGUUGAGUAGGUUACUGUAACAAGACGCUGUUUAUCGAAUUUUUUUGACGUUAUAUAAUACAAGUUUUUUGCUUUCAGAGAUGUCAUUUUUCUAUGGCUUGUUCAUUGUCAUUGCUUCGUUGUUCCUCUUCGCGCUGGCCUUGUUUUGCGGAGAAAUUGCCUAUCACGCAUAUCAACAGAAAAAUCCGAAUCUUGCUGACAAUGAAAUUAUAUAA